AUGUCAGACGUUGAAACCGACCAACAAAACUUAAAUGAGGAGAAAACAGAAGAUGUAUUAGUUUUCGAAGAUCAAGUAGAAGCAAAAGAAGAAAAAUCAGUCGAGAACGCAAAUAAUUCAGUGGAAGAAGAAGUCCCUGUCGAAUCAACCGAAUUAGAACAACCUAAGAAAAAAAAGAAGAAAAAAAUUGAUUUUGCUGAUUUUGAAAGGCAAUUGAAUGAAGAAGAAGCUCGUGGUCCAGAUGAUGAUAGAGAAGACAACAUAUUUGUUCCAGAAGGCGAGCAGGUAGAAAAAGAAACAAAAUUUGAGGAAACUUGGAUAAAGUCUGAUCGGGAUUACACAUAUCAAGAACUUUUAGGAAGAGUGUUCCGAAUUCUUCGGCAAAAUAACCCUGAACUUGCAGGUGAUAAGAAAAGAUACACGAUUGUUCCACCAUCAGUCCAUAGAGAAGGAAAUAAAAAGACAAUUUUCGCGAAUGUUUCAGAUAUUUGCAAGAGAAUGCAUAGGCAACCGGAACAUGUCAUUCAAUUCUUGUUUGCUGAGUUGGGAACAAGCGGUUCGAUUGACGGUUCACAACGACUAGUUAUUAGAGGCCGUUUCGUACAAAAACAGAUAGAGAACGUUUUACGUCGGUAUAUAGUUGAAUACGUUACAUGUAAAACUUGCAAGUCACCAGACACGAUCCUAACCAAAGAAAAUCGUAUUUUUUUUCAACAAUGUGAAAGUUGUGGGUCUACAAGAUCUGUGUCUGCAAUAAAGACAGGUUUCAAGGCACAAACUGAGAAGAGAGCAGCUCAAAGAAGGGCAGCUGUGCAAUAA